UCUUCACCCAGGCACGUUUAUAUAUAUUCAGCCAGGCACCUCUUCGAUCUGCAUUCUGUCUUGCAUUUAAGUGGUGUCAUAUUAUCUACAAUAUAAUGGCUGCCGCCUGUCAUCAGCUCGCCGGAAUCUUGCUCUCCGUCGCGUUAGCUCUCGCCAGCUUCGACCUCUCCGCCUCCCAUGUCUUCAAGGGCUCUGUCACCUGCCUGGACUGCACCCAUACCCAUAACCAUCCUCCACAUCUCUCAGGUGUGAAAGUGUCAGUGAAGUGUGGUGGGGAGAAAAACAUGGCCAUGGCGACAACAGAAGAAGAUGGGAGUUUCGAAACAACUGUGGUUCUCCCUUCUUCAAAAUCCCCAUCCUCUGUCGUCAGCUGCAGCGCCAAGAUCCUCGGAGCCACCCGACAGCUCUACAUUCCUAUGAAAGCAUGUGAAUCCAAGGUUGUCGUCAGAGCUGCCGCCGGAGAAUCCGACCACAGCCGCCACUACAUCAUGACCACCUCGGAGCCUCUUAGGUUUUACACAAAGUGUCCAAAUGCAAAAUGUGUGGGUGGGGGUGGGGGUGGUAGUAUUGGUGGGUCAAAGACAGUGGAUCUGCCUCUGCCAAGGGAGUGGGGACUUCCACCAACCAGCUAUUACUACUUGCCCUUCAUCCCCAUCAUCGGCAUACCCUAAUAACUAAUUAACAACGUUUUCCAAGACUUUGUCAUGUGUUAAUUGGGUGUAUAAUUUUGACAAUGUAAUAAUUAAAUAAGUCUUACUGCGUCAUAUCAUGUUAAAUAGUUUUUAUAGUGCUUAGAUUUUCUUUUGAGUAAGAGUUGAACUUUGCAAAUACAAUUUUAUCAAAUCUAAAUUAGUUUUGUUGUAAUGAAUUCUAGGUGUUGUAUGUAAAAUUAAAUAAAUAAUAGUUUCAAAAGUUG